CACACCUAUAGGUGCGUUUUGUUGGAUUGAUUCCGGAAUUGAAUUAUGCAGAAUGGGCGUUUUAUUGCAAGGAUAAUCUGAAUCCGGUUAUAACUUUUGCUUCUGUGGUUUGAGAUGGAAUUAUUAGAAUUAAGAUAUAUAUGGAAUUAAGUGGUGGGGAGAUCAAAUUUGUGAGGUUACUGUGGAGGUUACUUAGGUAGCUGGUGUAGCAUUGGUCCCAUGGAGACUACUCUAGUCUCCCUGAUUGGUCCGUUGUUGAGAUUCGGCAUCUGUCUAAUAUCAGAUUUGAUUCGAAUCGUUUUAUUGAUAAAUGUCAUUCUAAAGAAUCCAAUAAAUCCGGGAUUGAUCCAACAAAACGCACUUAUUGUGAAGAGUUAGAAUAUUAUGACAGUUAUCAGCUGAUUGAAAAUAUUGAAAUCAAUUUUAGUUUUAUUUAUUUUUGAGUGGAAUACAAAGUGGGGAUCAUUUUGUUGAUUAGAAAUAAUAAACCUAAUGAUGAGUAAAACAGAAAAGUUGAAAAACCAUCAUAAGCAGCUAGAACUUUGCCAAACAAGACCAGCAUACAGACAAGGCAGAAAUUUAACAGCAGUAAAGGUGUACACGAUUAGUUCAGAAUCCCAACAUCUUUUCAUCUACGGAGUACCUUCAAUAAACCUGCGAAAUGAGCUGAAGAGAUUGUGCACAAAAUAUGGAGAACUAGUAAACAUUCAUGUCGUUCCUAAUGUCCCAACGGAAAUGUUCACAGAGUGUUAUCAUGUUCAGUAUCGUAGGAUACAAUCUGCCCGCAUCGCCAAGAGAUUACUAGACACGAAAUCUUUUUACGGAGGUGUUUUGCACAUAUGUUACGCUCCCGAAUGUGAAUCUGUACAGGAAACAAAGGCAAAAUUGUUACAAAGAAAACGUGACGUAUUAAACAGGCUACCGAAAAGAGCACAUCCAGGCAACACUUAAAUGUUAUAACUAUUUAGAUUUGGAAGUUUGAAAUACAAGCGAUCUUGAACAAAUUAAUUUUUGUGGUCCAAAUAUUCCGAAAUCAUGAAGGGCAUGAAAAAUGUAAGUGUACUAUUGAAAAGGAUUUAUAAAUAAACGAAAAUAACACCUUUUAGUACUUUUAU